AGAUGAGGUACGUAAAGUUUCAGAAAGACUGGCCCUUAUUUGGCAUCACGUUGAUGUGUGAUUCAUGGACUGGUCCGACGAGGAUGAGUGUCAUCAACUUUUUGAUAUAUUGCAAUGGGGUCAUGUGGUUCCAUAAGUCUAUUGAUGCGACUGAAAGAAUCCAAGAUGCUGCAUAUUUGUUCAAGGAGAUUCGAAAGGUGGUGGAAGAGAUUGGACCGGAGAAUGUCGUGCACGUAGUCACCGACAACGGCUCGAACUACAAAAAGGCAUGCAAGCAACUACUAAGUGACGUGUAUGACCACAUAGCUUGGACACCUUGUCUAGCACACACCGUCAAUUUGAUGUUGAAGGAUAUAGCUCGAAGGCCUGAACAUGGUGUUAUCAUCAAGCAGUGUAAGCGAAUUUCAAAUUGGUUACACAAUCAUGGUCAGUUGAAUACAAUGAUGAGGAACACAAUCGGUGGUGAGUUGGUCAAGUGGAAUGCCACUCGAUUUGGAACCAACUACAUGUUCCUAGAGAGCAUCCAUCGGAAACGUGAUCGUUUCAUGCAGUGGAUGGCAUCUGCUGAGUUCCAACACAGCAAAUGGGCGAAUACUGAAGAAGGUAGAUAUACUCAUGCAAGUUUUUCAAGUAUGGAGUGGUGGGAUGCAUUGAAAUAUAUCAUCGACACGGUUCAACCAAUAUACAAGUUUCUUCGCUUCGCUGAUCAGGACAAGAAGCCGAACAUGUGCGAAGUCGUGAUGGCCUACCAGACUAUGAAACAGGAACUACAGUCUUUCUUUGGAACAAAUGUUUCCACACUGAAAGAGUAUGUUGAGGUGGUGGACGAGAGGUUGCGUGACGUGUUCAUAGGCACUUAUGUGGGUCCAGCUGUUGUCCUAAAUCCGAGGUAUGCAUAUACGAUGGAUCCAACUCAACAAAUGUUUCGUGGACUCAAAGAUACAUUUGAUCGCAUGACGGAUCACGAGGGCGCCGUCCAGGCAUUGCAGGAGUUUGACGUGUUUCGGCAGAAAGUUGGCGAGUAUAGCAGUGAAAUGACAAUGCGGAUGGCGAUGGACCCAAAGACAUCCCCAUGUAAGAGUUAUUCCAUAUGA